GGAGUUGGCAACCCUAGGCCGAAUGCGCACAACGCUACUGCGCAAUGUUGGUUUCAGGAAAUAAAGAAAACUUGCGGAAAUACCGAGAGCUUUUUGUCUUCAAAUCCGCAAACAGGCGGGAGGCGGACCCAAGUUGUCCAUAGUAUAUACAGUCUAUGGUUGCAGCUCAGAUUAAAAUGGUCGCUUAUUCAACCACGCUUACCGGUGAUAGCCCAGCCUUCUUCAGCCAGUUUCGUGGAAUACUCCCUGGUUUCCAUUGGCCGGUCCUUAUAAGCUUUUAUUUUGAAACGGUAGACCCGGAAGCAGAUAAAUUUCACGUGUCUGUGUGGCUUCAAGAUGUCAACUGAGGUAGCAGCGAAAAGACCAAAAACGGUGUCCAUCCAGGUACCGAAACACCAUUAUUUUGAACAAAAUGGCUUAUUGAACUUAAUUAAAUCAUUUUGAUGUUUGCAAUUUGAUUUUUACAGCCGGUGGAGAGAGUGGACUGGAAGAAAAGGAAAGCAGAAAGUAAGUAAACUGCUAACAUUAGCUUCUUUCAGCUCUCAGCAACAUGCUCAUCGGUUUGGAUUUGAUCCACUGACAAGAUACAGAUACAAGUGCGUUUGUCAUAAAGCAGAGUUAAGAUGGGUUGAAGUGCCCAUGGUUGUAAAAUGUUUAUUUUGUUUUAAUUACCAUGUUAUUAGUGUAGUGGUGGUGUUUCAGGUAUGAUGCUUCAGCAUGUGUGUGGAUCAGCUUUAUUAUGGACUGUGUGAUCGUCUGUUGCCUAAGAGGUUCCAGGUUAGAGGUUUCCCUUUAGAUGCUUCAGUGUUAAAGGCAGCAGAGCCGGCCCAAGCCUCAAUGGGGCCCUAAGCAUAAUUUGAUUUAGGGGCCCUCUAUUUCUGCCAAUAAUAUUGAUCGUUGAUCAUUCACACACCUUCACAAUUCUCUUUGAUUAACACUCAAUGACAUGCAAACAUAUCUUUAUCUAGGCGCUUUUUCUCUUCUUCCUCUUUCUAUUCUCUGCUCCUGAAGGAUAUGUCCCCCUAUUGAAUGUAUAAAACUUAUGUGUACAAAAAUUAGUGGUCGACUGAUAUUAGACCUCAAAGGUCGAUAUCUGAUGCCAAUAUCACACUGUAGUUUAUUUGUUAAAUACAAAAUACAACAACUGAAUAUAUAUUUGAACAUACGUAAAGCGUCACUCAUACAUGCAAAAAAAAAAAAAAAAAAAAAAUAUAUAUAUAUAUAUAUAUAUAUAUAUAUAUAUAUAUAUAUAUAUAUAUAUAUUCUUUUAUUUCUCUUGGGGGGCCCCCUAUUGCCCGCAGUGCCCUAAGCAGGCGCUUAGUUCGCUUAUGCCUUGGGCCGACCAUAUUGAAAGGCAUGAAAGGCAGACCAUAUUGUGUUUCAGAAAUAGUCCAACUUUCACUAUCAUUAAAAUACUCUUAGAUCAGUUUUUAGAUAUACCAAGUCUUUGGCUAAUAUUGAUCGUUUUGAAUCCUCCACAUAAAAUCAGAUCACACAAGCAAAGACAAAACUGCCUUUGAUAGCCAAUGAACUCAGAUGAGCUCACAAGUGUGUUGAACCAUCAUCCUAAAUGCUCCUCAUUUAGGUAUUUUGAGUUUGUUAACCUAUGAGUGGUGUCCCCCUGACAGUAAAAGAAGCUCAGAAGAAAAGAAAAGAGACUAAACUGAUCAAACAGCUGGAAAAGCAGAAGGAGCUGGAGGCUGCAGAGGCUGCUAAAUCUGAACAGAGCCAAAACAAAAAAGGUACAAACCUCAUUAUUACUUCACAGAUCACUAAUAGGCAGUGAUUUUACCCAUGAAGUGCUAUAAUGUGGGAUCUAUGCUUGUAUCUGUAAGGUCGAGAUUACACAGUGAGCGUCGCUCUGCCAGGUUCUGUCCUGGAUAAUGCUCAGUCUGCUGAGCUUCGUACAUACUUAGCCGGACAGAUCGCCCGAGCCUGUGUGGUGUUCUGUGUUGACGAGAUUGUUGUCUUUGAUGAACAAGGAGAAGAUGUCAAGUAAGUUUACUUGACAGCUAAGUUUUUACGAUGCCCUCAAAAAAAAAACAAUGAGUAACGCUUUUCUCUCUGUAUCACAGGAGCGUGGAAGGAGAAUUUACAGGUGUGGGGAAGAAAGGACAGGCUUGUAUUCAGCUGGCCAGAAUACUUCAGUACCUGGAAUGUCCUCAGUAAGAGGCAGAUUUUUCUGUCAGAACUUGUAGCUUAAAUUUCUUCCACUAAACAGUAGUAAGUUUUUAAAAUAGUAGAAUUUGGUCAAAACAUUUAGUUUAGGAAAUGAUAGUGAUAGUAGAUUAAGAACUGAAGUCUAUGAGACUCUGCUGAUGGAUAAUGUGGGUGCAGCUGGAACAAAAUGUACAUUAGCUAUUUCCUGUUUAUGUUUUGUGAACUGACCAUAGACUGUAUAUAUUAUGGACAACUUGGUUCCGCCUACUGCCUGUAUGCGGAUUUGAAGCCACAAAGCCCUUAGUAUUUCCGCGAUUUUUCUUCAUUUCCUGAAACCAGCAUUGUGCAGUAGCAUUGUGUGCAUUCGGCGGGAGAGUCGCUGUGAUGACUGUCAAUCAUAGAAAACAUGAACCCCCUAAUAACUUUUUAAAAUGAAGCUUUACAGAAAAAAUAGGACUUAAGCACAAAUCAGUCUUACUGUAGCUACAUGUCAACAUCACAAGCAGGGGGGAGAAAAAUUUAUAUUCUGUGUAACAAAUUUCUAAAGUUUGUCCACAGCUCCAUAAGCUUUGCUGGCAGAGGUAGGAUUUAUGACCUAUACUGCAGCCCAUCAACAGAGGGUGCUGUUCACGGAGUGGCUUCACCCAGCGAGGAGGCAGACGCUGUCCAUUCUAUAUACAGUCCAUGGAACUGACCUUUGAGCCACCUAAAUUUUGGUGUGAACUUUCACAGUUAUCAUAGACAUCACAGUUUUUCUUUCUCCACCAGGUAUCUGCGAAAGUGGUUUUUCCCAAAGCAUCAAGAUCUACAGUAUGCAGGUAACAGUCCAAAUGUUGUUCUGAGGAGGGGCACUCCAAGUCAGACAUUAAGGCCUCUUCUUUGAUAAAAUUCAAACAACUGUAGUCAUACCAGAAAAAAAGUGUUUUUUUUUUGUCUUCCAGGUCUACUGAACCCUUUAGACUCUCCUCACCACAUGAGGAUAGAUGAUGAAUCAGAUUACCGGGAAGGAAUAGUCCUCGACAGGCCGACCAAACAAGGCAAAGGAUCAUUGGUCAACUGUGGAAUGAGGAAGGUCAGCACAAGUCUUCACUUUGAAAUGUAUCUUUGCCAUUUUGAUAUUUGCCCCCUGGUUAUCCAGCCAGUUUUUUUCUAGACUGCUUAAUUUUAAAAUGUCAAAAAGCAACAUGAGAGCACAUUUAUAUUACACAAAACCUGAGGACAUGACUUUAAAAAGGUCCCAUUUUGUAUAACCAGUCAUCCGAACCCUGAAUAUUGAUUUUUAUUAUACCAUGGCAUGCAAAAAACAACCAAAAAAUAUGAAAUGAAAGUUCAGCAGUCUUAAAUUUCUCUAUUUGUGCUCCAAAACUCACUCAAAUAUUAAACAGUUAUCACUGUUCUUGUCAUUUUAUCAUCCAAUUUUCUCCUACAGGAUGUUCGAAUCGACAAACAGCUUCAAUCGGGACUUCGAGUCACAGUUCAGCUCAAUAAAUCACAGAAUCAAGGUGAGUUUUGUUCACCAGACAGUGACCUUUUUAUUUCUCAUUAUCUGAAUUGAGACUUCAUUGUGCACGGGAACAGAGUAAUUAUCAGUGCUUCUGUCAUCUGCAGAGAGCAAACUAUUUAAAGGUGUGGUGGUGGCUCCUCAUGUGCCCAGAACUGAAGGAGGUCUCUACUGGGGCUACAGUGUCCGCCUGGCAUCAUGUCUCAGUGAGUUUUUCUACAUUCAUCACACUAUACCAUCAUUUUAGAGUAGCCCUGGUGUUUGUUCAGGGCUGUUGUGAGUGCUGGUUCAGACUGUCAAGUUUGCUCAUCAACUGCAGUAGGAAAACACUAGGUUGUGUAUAGGGCCCGACUGAUUUGGAUUUUUUGGAGGCCAAUACCGAUUAUUAGGGGGGUAAAAAAUCCAAUUACUGAUUAAUCAGCCGAUUUUUUACAUUUUCUAUGAAGUUAUAAAAAAUAUAUAUAUAGGUCCGUCACUCUGCUGCGCUGAGGUAGUUUAGUGGAUGAAGAUUGUCAUGAGGUCGCUGCGCCAUCUACAGGAUAAGUCGGGGAACUUUUGAAAUGGCGGAACAUUUUCGCAGUGAAACCGAAUCUUAUUCUCCGCAUAUUAUUUCUGAAAUUAUAGGUGAAAAUCGGCAAGUUUUGGCAGAUUACCGGUUAGUCUAAAACGGGCUAAAAUUGGCCGAUUUAAUUGGCUCGUCGAUAAAUCGGUCGGGUCCGAGUUGUGUAUCUUCAUUCAUUUGUUUGUCUCUUUUUGUACACAUCUUAGUUCCAUUUGUGAAUGUAUUUUGAAUUUGUUUAAAAAUAGAACAGAAUACAUUUUGGCCUAAUAGUCCUCCUGCAGCCCCAAACACAAAAACUUCUUUCUUGUUUUUCUGGCUGGGUCCAAAUCUUUAUCAGUGGAAUAACAAAGAACUGUUUCCAAAUCAAGCACAGGCUAAAAAAACAGUUCUGGGACAGACUGGGUUCAAAAGAGGAGAGAAACUCGGACUGACUUCCUCUUAAAUCUGUUUGUUGAUGCAGGUGCAGUUUUCACAGAGAGCCCUUAUAAAGAAGGAUACGACCUGACUAUUGGGACCUCAGAGAGGGGGAGCAGCCUGGACCAAACAACUCUGUCACCAUUCAGGUACCAAGACCCCAUUACCAAUUAGCACAUCCAGUUAAUGAGCUGCAUGAUAUAUGUCCCCAUUUUCCUCUUGUGCAAAAGUGAAAACAUUUGGAUCCCCUAACCACAACAGACACGGAAGACUGGUGCACUCUGUAUGUCCCAGCUGUGUACAUGGAGAAGACAGGCUCUAUGUCUUGCACUGCAACCAGUCAGUUAAAGGGGUCUGGGUGUUUUGGCCUCACUUUCAGGGGGGAAUUAUGUCCCCCUGCCUUUUUAGAGGGGUUUCUAGUCCAGACUGAAAUAACUCAAAAGCUAUUGAGACAUCCAGAGGGGUAUUCCAUGAAGCUGGCUUAGCUCAAAGUUAAGGCUUAUUUCAGUUAGUCUCGCUAACUUUAGUGAGAGUUAGGUUCCACAAACGAGGCCUAGGGCUAGUGUGGCUUGGUAACCAUGGAAACAUGGGGUAGUUGAAAAUGGUUUUCCGGUCCAAGUUUGAUCAGUCGGUCUUCCUGUCGGCGUGAAGAGCAGUAGCCUACAGUAUACAUAUAUUUUUUAUAACUUAAUAAAAAAUGUAAAAAGUCGACUGAUUAAUCAGAUUUUAUUUGUGUACAGGCUCAUUUGUGUCUUCUCCCUUAUUUAAAUGUAGGGCACUGGACCACUCUCAUCCCUAAUAAUAAUAAUAAUAAUAAUAAUAAUAAUAAUAAUAAUAAUAAUAAUAAUAAUAAUAAAAGACAUCUCCUGUGUACAUGUUUUUUUUCUACUGUUUUAUUCAGUGUUUGAUGCAACCUUGCCACAUGAAGUAGCCCGUUUUUUUCAAAGUUUGCCUACUUUAGUUUUAAGUGUUACCUAUUUAGCUGCUACAUUCAUCCAUUAUGGAUAUAUUUUGUCAAAUCAAGAACAUGAAUUAGGCCUACAUGUAAAAUAGUAAAUACCACCAUCACAUUACACAAAAACUGUAAAACAAAUAAACUAUGCUUUUCCAUUCAUGCUACAAAAAAAAUAUAUAUAUAUCAACUUCAUCGAGAAGUUUCGAACAGCUUUAAUUUCAUCAGGAUCUGAAUGAUCUCCUCUAGGCCACAGUAGUGUGAGGAGUAUCAGGGUGAGAAAAAAAGCUCAUCAAACACAGUAGAAACUCAGAAAGUGCUGAUUUGACACAGGUCUAUACAAGCAGGGUUUUCUUGCACCAACACCUUUUCCACAACCAUGGCAUACCUGUUCAUUGAUGAGGAACCUGUUCAAAUGCAUAAAAAAUCAAAGACGUCAAGACUAUUUUACCCAUUAAAACAUUAUAAAUUAAACAACCAUUGCAGUUAUGAGUUAUUCCUAAUAGUGUUCAAAAACAUUCCCUCUUAAAAUCUAAAUUUUCAGAUGUGUGCGUGUGGACACAUCAGGCUAAGUGAUUCAUUAAAAAAAAAAAAAAAAAAAGGAAAACAAUCACUUCCUCAUUUAAACGGUCAGCAAUGCUUUGCCAGGCAGCAUCUCUGGCUUUGUUAACUGCAACCCUUUUUUGUGAUAGUCACUCUGUAGCCCUUAUAUAACUCCAUGAAGAGUUUUUGCUCGGCUGAGGAAAAGGAUUCCGCUCAUGAUUUUGACAUGAUUUCGACAAUUGACACGUUGGGGCUUUUUGUAUGCAGCGGACACGCGCUGAGCUUCAGUUUGGAUCAGCCUGGCAAGAACGAGCGUCUCUGAAAACCAUCUGGGGCUCGUUAGUGGAACGAGUCGCAGCUAAGAUUAAAGUUGCCGCAAUAGCCCAGCCUUCUUCAGCCAGCUUUGUGGAAUACCCCCCAGGUCCAUGGUGGUUGAAUCACUGUUGCCACUAUGAAGUCUAUCAUGUUUAUCUGUGUACAGACUCUGUAGGCAGGUGACUUCAUUUAUAUAUAAACAUACUGGUUUUCUGUUAGGAGACACUGUAUCAUCAACUACCAGUGUUCCACUGGCUGUUUGCAGAAAAAAUAGUCUGUUUGAAGAGCCAAAGAGUCACAACACAUCAGCCAUGAGCACCUAUCAGCUUUCAUCUUUCCAGAAACUAGCUGUAACUGAUCGGUUUACACAGAUACCACAAUGUGAUUUCAGCUAAAGACCACUGUUUCUGUCUUUUAAGUAAGCUGGAAUUAACUUAUAGGAGGGGUACUCAUGGACGCUGAGGGAUCACCUUCAAGAGUGGAAACACUGUGCCCUCCAAAGCUUUAGAAAAUGAGCAGGAUUUAAAAUCUGCUGGAUCACCUGAAUACAGUUCCUGUUUAUAGUGGACACAUGGAUUUACAGACGGCUGUAAUUGCAUUUCUCUUAUCCCAAAAUAAACAUGAAAACGGAGAUGUUAAUGAUCAGAUUCUGGAGUUAAAAGGAGUCUUUGCUUCAUGAAUUUCACAGCAGAAUUUCAUUAUGAAAAUGUGGUAGUGUAGAAAGUCACACUUAGCCAUCUGUGUAUGACUGAUUUCAUAUGAGUGCGCUGUAAAACGAGGAUUACAAUUCCUGUUGCGAAAUGAUCAUUUGUUAUACUAAGCUACUGUAAACAUGCGAACAGGUUUCUGCCUGUUAAAGCUCCUGAGAUGAACUCACUGUGGAUAAAGUAGCCUCUGCUAAUGUCCUUUACAUGCUCAUGUUUCGUCCUGCCCUGUCUGACUUAAGGUAGUCUACGAAUGCAUAGUUUUUUUGUGAAUAUUUAAUUUGGGCAGUCUUAAAGAGGCUUUUUUCUUCAGCAGCCUCACUGAAACCUACCUCCUGCAUUUAAAGUACAGUGUGAUACCUGUUGGUCUAGCUGCUGAAAAUCUAAAUUUCCUCAUCUUUAGGCAUCUUCUGGUAGUUUUUGGUGGUCUUCAGGGAUUGGAAGCCAGUGUGGAUUCAGACCAAAACCUGGAUGUGACAGACCCCGGUCUCUUAUUCGACCUGUACCUCAACACAUGCUUGGGUCAGGGCAGCAGAACGAUACGGACUGAGGUAAGGGCCUGUUUGGACAAAUAUGAACAUUGAAAGGUGGGGUAGGCAGGAUCUGAGGAAGUGCCAUUUUUGGGAGAAAUCUUGAAUGUAAACUCUAUCCCUCCCAACCAGUUUUCCCCUCAGCUCCUCCUCUCCCCUCCCUCUCUGCUCCAGCAAGCCCCAACCACAAACAGACACUCCUGCUCGCUCAAAUUGUGUCAAUUAAAUUCAGAUAUAAUGCAGAUAAAUACUUCAGAUAAUUACAAAUGGGGCCCAGUCAACGUGAAAGUAAAAAGCAUUGGUGCUAAUGUAGAUGCCAACAGACUACCAGCAAACACAAAGUUUGCAGGACUUCUACAACUAGGAUAAAGUGACAUAGUCCAGGACCCGAGCUAAACAGUAGCGUGUCCUGUGCUACAACACGCAGCAGGUCCCUUCCGACAAGAAACACUUCUGUUACACUUGGGUUACUUUGUUAAAGCAUUUACCUGUCCAGCAGAAAGGUUACAGGGUCCGUAAGAUCCCGAAGCGUCCCCCAUUAUUGUUGACCCGGUUUCUUAGCUCUUGUCUGGUCUACAUCCUUUUUAAUUGCCUGUUAUUCCGCCAGAGUCUCCAGUAUUUACUUCGUUUUCUUGCUUGUGUUGGCAGUCGUGGCCAAAAGAGGAUUCAGACAAUUUUCCAUGCUUUCUGGAUGGUUUCUGCUGUCCGAUAUUGCAGCACACUAACUUUGUUUGGGCUCGUGAACAACACAGGGGAGCAGCGUCUGCCUUGCAACCAAUCGGGAUGGGGGAGGUGGAGAAUGGCUUUGUUUACAGUCAGAAAGAACGGAGCGCUCUGAAAUUUUAAAAUGUUGACUACGUAGACAUAACAAAACACAGUGAUAUUGUGAUAUUCCCAAAUGUCAUCAAUAACUGAUAUUAAAAGAUUUUUUGUAUAUACACCACAAAAAAGAUGCUGCUUUAAUGGAUUUCUGUCUACCCCACCUUCAACUCACAGAUUAGAUGCAAAAUCUCUUUUUUUUUUUUUUUAGGGCACAAGUGCGAUUGAGAUGCAUCAUCUUGUUUUUAUGUUUCUCUACAGGAGGCCAUACUGGUUACCAUGGCAGGGCUGAGACCAAAAAUCACAGCUGCUUUUACAGAUGUUUCCAAUGAUACAUUAAAGAGUUAGUAACAACGGACAUCAGCCAAGAACAAGACAUGUUUCAAACUCCUCUUGUGUUAGUUUUAUUUCUGUACGUUUUGUUUCUGAAUUGCUCAACAAAUUAUACAUAUUUAAAAUAAAAAAUCCACAGACUGACAUUGACGUGUGUCAUAUUUAUCUAAAGCUUACUGUUGGUUUUUGACAGUCAGUGCAGAAUGAGACAUUGAAAAAAACCCACCAUAGUCAGUUUCAGGUUAUCAAACCAGUUCAUACACAUGCCUGCAGUGGAGGAGUGGCACAUUUAAGUCCAAGAAUUAAGGCCUUUUCAGCUCUGGUAUUGUGUCUUGAUCCAUUUACCUCCCUGUUAAAACACAUGCUGCAUGCAUCCAUAUAACCUUUUAUAAGAGUGUAUCAUUAUUUCUAACUAGACAAGAAAGCAGGCACAGAUUUCAUCUUAAUGCGAGGUUAGAGGGAGGCUGGCAGUAAUCCUCUGAGUCAUGAAGAUGAACUGUUUUGAAAAGGUUUGGUAUAAAGCCCAGUGCAAAUAAACACAUUCUGAUACAACAGCUGUGCAAAUGACCUUUUAUGAAGCUGGUAAGGUUUUAGAAAGGUUUCAUUUAAAGGUACAGUGUGUAGAAAUGGAGAUCAUUUGUAUCAGAGAAGCUACAGUGGCCUUUAAAGACAAAAAGCUCCUGUAAUGUUCACGUUUUUAUUUAUCAACUUCUCCACAACCACAUCCUGUUUAUUACUAUGUUCAAUUUGUUGCAUACAGAUAAAUUCCACACACUGCACCUUUUCACCUUUUCGGUCAUUUUGGCACCUGUAGUUUGUCACUCUGGUUUGGAUCAGCAGUAACAUUGCCCAACCGUACACUGAGGCUUUGUUCCUCAAGUCUAGGUUUGAUUUCAACUAGGCCAUCCCCACUCUGUUACUUCCCCGUUUCCUACUCAACCCACUGUCCCUUCAUCAGAAUAAAAGCAUAAAAACACAAGAAAAGUCAUGAAUUGUGAGGACACUAAAUACACAAAAUCUGAGCAUCUCCAGUCCCUGCUUCGCUGUAAAUUUACAAUAAACUAUGAGUAAAAUAAUCUCAAAUGUCAGAUCACAUCGAAUUAAGAAUUUGCCAUGUUUAUCGCAAAUAGCAUCUUUGUAAAUAGCAAGUUAACCUUUUUUUUCUGUGGCAUAACAGUCAGUGAAUUUAAUGUUCAUUCAUUAGUCACAAAUUAAAAAACAAGCAGCCAAAAACGUGCAAAAGGUUACAUAUUUUCUUGCAAAAGGGGCUGCAUUUUAAAAACUGCAUCAUUUCCUUCCUCUGAAAUUAAAUACAGAUACAAUUGGUUUCCUUUUCGCUUUAGCAGCAGUACUUUGAUACACUACACAAUGCACAGUGCAUCCUGUUGGGUCUUAGAGCUGAAUCUGCAUGCACUGGAAAGCCACCGAGGUAAAAAGGUUUUAAUUCACAAUGUGACAGUUUUAGACUCUUAUUAUUUCUCUAAACAUUCAGUUGAAAAUAGAGUGCUGUAAACCUGUCCAAAACAAGUUAAAAUAUCUCCAAAUUCAGAGAACAGAGGCUAGAAAUAAAUCUUAUAUAAUGAUAAAAUCUAUAUCUAGACUAUAAAGUUGGUGCAGUAUAAUCUCUGAUUCUGGAUGUGGUCAGUCUAGUGCAAUAACAAAACAAAAAAAUAAACAGGAGUCAUUUGAUGCUGUAGAAAGGAGAAGUUGAUACAUCUCUAAAACUAAAGGGGAACUUUCAUGCUUCCUCAAACAAUCCCAACAUCUGUUAAAUUAGGCUGAAAUCACACCAAUUAGGCUGAUGAUCAAAUCUUCUUUCUGUGAAAUACAAUCACCACAAUUUUUCUGUAGCACCAAGAAUCCCUUUCAGAUUCUUCGCAGUGUUUGAUUUUAAACCAGAAGCUCAGUGUUGCCAUUUUUCUGUCUUAUAUGUGAGUUUUUAAGAGAUGCUGUGGCUGAAAUACCUAACACUGUUGCACUGCAGGAUAAUAAAAUGUCAUGUUUUAGGCUGACUUUAAAAGUGUAAUACUUGUUGAUGUUAAUCCUUGCAGCAGUUCUGAAAUAUAAACGCCAAAUCUGGAACAUUUCACAUGGCUCACAUAGCAAAUAUACAGCUAAUAAGAUAUAGUUUUGUGUACCAAUUUAGUCACAGCUUUCCCACAACACGGGAAACACAAGUGCAUUUUUGAUUGAUAAUUGUUUUAAAAACAUAUAAAAAAUCAUUUAGUUUCUAUUUACAAAAACACUUUUGUCCUCGUAGGAGUAUAUUCUUUCUAGAUGCCUCAACAUGUUGUCGUUCUGCUCUCCUCUAGGAAGAGGAACCCCCCCUCCCAUAAGUCUCCUCAGUCCUUUGGUCCAAAAAUAAUAGCUCUUUCCAGAAAGCUUCAUUCUUCCGGCGUGUCUGAUAAUAGCCGUCAUUCAUCACGAGGCUGUUUGAAGCUCGUUCAGAGGGAAGUUAGAGUGAAAUCCAGCUCAAAGCACUCAGGGAGAUCUCUCUCAUCAGUCUUUUCACCAUUUGGGAUGAGUGAAGGUGAUGUUGUACUGCUUGGCC